UUUUUUUUUUAGUUUUAAUUUUGUUUUUGUGAUUUGUAAACACUAAUAACGUCUCGCGGGAAUUUGAAUUUCUAUAAUUUCGAUUUACUUCAAUCAUCAUCUGAAAAUGAAUUCAAGGGAUGAUCAUGAAUCGAUUAUCAUUCGUCUGAAAGAAAUUAUACGGGAAAGAGACUCCGAUAUUGAAAAAGCUGCUCUAUUCGGAAAGCAACUUCUUGAAGACAAAGAUAAAUUAACGGAAAAAAUUGAAGAAUUACUUUCUGAAAAUGAGUCUUUGAAGCAAGAUAAAUAUUCUUUAAAACUUGAUUUGGAGACACAAGUUCAAACUGUCCACACACAAUUAAGUGAAUUGACACUUCAACGUGAAGACUAUGACAAACUGAUCAUAAAAUUUCAAGCCUUGCAGAAAGAAAGUAUUCAACAAAAACAAACUAUCACUAAUCUAAUAAAUGAAAAACAGGAUUUGGAGAAAACUGUUGAGGAAGUAAAAAGUGAAAAUCAAUCUCUGAAGAAAAAAAUUGCCCUUCAAGAACUUAGCCUUCAAAGCAGAGCUGAGCUCUCUGUUAAUCUGAGUAUUAUGGAAACUGCCAAGGAUGAAGGUUUUGAUCUUGAUUAUUAUAAAAUGAUGAAUAUGCAAUUGCAAGAAACUAUGUCACAUCUCCAGUAUGAACUAGAGCAGAGUAAAUUAGAAGAGAAUCGAUUAUCAGCAUUGGUUGCAAAACUUGAGGAAGAUGUUGCUGAGAGAGAUAAGGAACUAAAAUCAUAUUCUGUGGAAAUACAGAAAGCAAGGGAUGUUGCAUCUGAUCUUCAAGGAGAAAUAGAGAUACUUAAACUGGAACAAGUUGAUGUUACUCGUCGAGGAAAUUCUGUGUUUGGAGAACUUGAUGAUCGAAGAAAACUUGUUGAGAAAGAAUAUAAAUUACUUGCUAACAGAUAUGAAAGUAUACUGAAAAACUAUGAAGAUAAUAAGCAUGAACUCUCACGAUGCAAGGGACAAAUUGCUAUCUUGCUGAGCAUGACGAGUCGUCAUUACCAGGAUGCAUAUAUCAAUAGAUUGGAAGAUCAGCUUGGAGAUGCCAAAAGAGAAAUCGACACUCUCACUACAAGGCUUAACCAAUGCUUGAAACAACAGCAGCAGGUUAAGAAUGACCUGACAUCAUUUAAAAAUGAUGAUUAUGACUAUCUUAGAGUCAUGCUUCAAAAGGCUGAGGAUAAAAUUAAAAGUCUCGAAAAUGAUAUGAUGACUCUUCGCUUACAAAACAUCUCUGCCAAUGAUUCACUGACUAGUACAAGACGCUGCUUGUAUGCCACUCAAGAGAAUCUAGAUGCAAUGAAACUGGAAAAUAUGAAAUUGAAGCAACAAAUCAAAGAGUUGACAGUAAAACCAGAUGAUAAAGCUCCUGUUAAACGAGAACCGAAGAUCGAAUAUUUGCCUUGGUACAAGCCUCCAAAUUCUGAAAGCACUGAAACAGCUCUUCAGCAAUCGAAUAAAACAAACAUCUCUGAAAACAAUGAAUCAGAAGAUACAAAAUCUACAAAAGUCGAAAAGAAAUCUGAUGAAAAUUCAUUAACAAGUGACAAGCUCACUUUAAAAGAAUCGAAUAAGCCUGCCGAAGAACAUUCCAAAAAGGGGAAAGAAAAUAGUGAAAAUAAACUUACAAUCUACAGAGAAAAGAACAGGCCUCUGGUUCACAAGAAUAAAAGAGAUGAAUGUAGGCAGCAAUAAAUUAUAGAUUUUAAUAUUAUAUAUAUUAAUUUGUGUAAUUUUAACUUUGUUAUAAUCAAAGGUCUUACAUUUUUUUGUGUUUGCUUUUAAAUAAAUCAGAAUAUACUUU